AGAAAAAAUAUUAGUUAUAAUUAAAAAAAAAAAGAUAUGUCUGAAAGUAAAAAUAUACAAGACGAGCAAAUGAACUCUUAAAACUAAACAACUCCUAACCUGUAAGCAGAUCAUCAAAAGGUUGAAAGUUAGUAGAAAAUAUAAGAGUAAUUUAAAUAAUAAGAAGAAAAAAUAAGUGUCACAACAAAAGAAAUAGCUAAAUUAAAAAAGGAAUUAUUUUAUGAUGUAGCAAAAUCUAUUUAUGAUAACAAUUACAAAAAUUCAAGAAUUGAUUAAGAUAUUUAAGAAAAAUGCAAAAAAGUUGUUCAUAGCUAUUAUUUUAUGCAAGGAUCUUUGGGAGUAAGUUUAGCAUAUUUUGCUGGUAAAAUACUAUUUUAGAAACGCUAAAGAUAUACUAAAAAUAAUUUGGAUUCUAUGUUUAUUAUGGCCUUGUUUUUAUCUGCUGGUGUAUCAGGAAUUAAUUAUAAUAGUAAAAUCAAUAACUUACAAUAAUAUUUUAUGUGGGAAAAUGGAAAAUUUAAAAACAUAAAUGUUGUAGAAUACAAAAAAGAUCCCACAAAUUAUGUAAAAUAUUUAUUAGAAGAAUGAACGUAUAUAUUUUUGUAUUUAAUGUAUUUAUAAGAC